GUCAAGCCGCAACCUAUGUGAACAUAUCCGACACAGCUAUUAUGACGUUUAGUGAUUUGCCUACAAACACUGAGAUAAAAAUACCGACUGGUAUUAGUAUUGUUAACAAGAAUGGUAGCACCUGUCUGUUAGUAGCUGAUCCAUCCAAGUAUGAAAUACUAACUAAAGAUUGCGACCCAAUUCUCAAUUUUCAAAUAAAAUCCGUGAAAUUAAAAGAUGCCGGUGAUUAUACCUGUUCGAUAACUGAUUGUAAACAAAGAUUGAUUGUUUUAGGUACACCAACAAAGCCUGUUAUAACAGCGUCUACAGACGAUCUAAAGAGUGGUGGGGACCUGUCUUUAACUUGUGCAAGUGACUCGACUACACAGCCUUCAGACCAUGGUCUAGCCUUUACUUAUACAUGGCUGGAGAAUGAAAUAAAACGACCGGAAGACACGUUAUCUUUAUAUCUUAAAGAUAUGGAUAAAUCAAUGUUUAAUAACAGUUAUAUAUGUAUGGCACGUGAAAGACAAGGAAAACUGUCAUUACCAAGUGAAGAAUUUUUACUUCAACUGCGAUAUAGGGAUACUUUCAUCGUUGCCGUGAAUGGUUAUUCAAGUCCAUCGGUGGUUCUUCGGAAGGGCGAUACACUUAAUUUUACAUGUCAUAGUGAUGGUUAUCCGGUUCUUGAUAGUAUCAAUAUCCAGAAACAGGGUGUUACAUUUGAAACUAUUCUGGAAUCCAACAUCGCAAAUUAUACUAAGAUCGACAUUGACUGCUUAGAUAAUAGAGUACUGAGAUGUAUAGGCCGUGGCAGAAGUGGGUAUAUAUAUUCCAACACGAUAACUGUCAAAAUAGCAUGUCCUCCACAGUUAUACCCAAAUACACGAGUUCCAAUACGUCUGCAUGCUACAAACAACUAUUACAAAUAUUUGACUGUGAAAAUACUCGACUAUCCCAUGCCCAAUUACACCGUACAAAAGCUAACUCCAGAUGGUUUCAUACCACUUCCACCACCCCAUGAGAUUGAACGAAUAUAUGUGGCAUGUAGAAUUCAGUUUUAUAAUUUUGAUAAAGAUGUUUUUGGUACUUACCAAUUGAAAGCUGAGAAUUCAGAAGGUAUUCUGAUAACAAACUUUACAGUGACAGGACCGCCAGAACCACCUACAAAUGUGAUAGCAUGGAGCACAACAUCAAAUUCUGCUCAUGUGUCAUGGCAACCGGGUAACAGCUAUAACCUCACGCAAACAUAUAAAGUUUAUAUGAAAAAUGGUGUGACUGUGUGGAAGGAACGAGGCUCGUAUAUUGAUUCUGGGUCAGUUAUUACCAUAAUUGUUACUUCACUAGAACCAAACACAAGAUACUAUUUCAUGGUUGUAGGCCAAACUCUGGGCAAUUAUGGUUUUUAUUCCGAAGUAGCGGAAGUCGUAACUAUAAAGCUUGGUGAGAAACAACAAGAUCGGCCAUCUUUAACACAAGAUGACACGCCUCCUUCUACAACACUUCCAACAAUAAAUACAAGUGUGGGGACAGAAGGCCCAGGGGAAGAAGACCCAGAGGAAAUAAGUUUUGGUGCUGGUAUUGGUAUUGGUAUAGUGAUAGGUACUGUUGUAGCCGCCCUGAUCUCUGUCUUUAUACUUUUCAUCAAUAGAAAAUUUGCCAAGAAGAAGAAUGUAUACGCACAGCCUGUACCGUUACCACGGCCACUACCAUAUUGAUGUCAUCAAUACAACACAAGACUAUUCUCAGUACAUAUCACCAAGACCACUACAGUAACCAUACAGACAAGAUUAUCAACAAAUCACCAAGACCACUACAGUAACCAUCCAGACAAGAUUAUCAACACAUCACCAAGACCACUACAGUAACCAUCCAGACAAGAUUAUCAACAAAUCACCAAGACCACUACAGUAACCAUCCAGACAAGAUUAUCAACAAAUCACAAAGACCACUACAGUAACCAUCCAGACACGAUUUAUCAACAACACGAUUAACGAGUGCACAUAAAUUAUGAACAGAUCUUCAAGCACAUACAUGUGUUGACUGUAUGUGCUAUUUAAAACUUUAAAAACCUUUAUACAAAUUAUAUUCUUUUUAUCUAUUUUACUCCCUCCAGAACACCUGAUACCAC